CCGUCAAGUGUCGUGCGCUCAUUGCUCUCCUCCGUCGAACUUGCAUAUCACCAAACAAAGGAAGGAAAAACUCGGAGCAUUGAUGCAACCUGUCUGUUGAAAACCCUGAGCAAUAUUCCGAACAUUCUCUUGUCGUCAAUCCUGCUCUGGAAUUGUUUUACACAAAAUCGAUGACACUAGAUAAGAGGAUGUGGAGUUUGAUGUUUGCGUGGGCGUUUGUGGUUGUACCGCAAGCAUAUGGAGCCGCUGUAAAGAAGUCGGAAUCAGCGUUCGAGCUGCGCCACCACAACAACAUGGAACUGCAGCUCGAGCUGAAGGCGGUCGAGCAGCGCUGCCCUGACAUCGCUCACGUCUACGCCCUUGACGAGCGCUCUGUCAGAGGCUUCCCUCUCUGGGUGCUGGAGCUCUCUGACCACCCAGGCACCCAUGAGAUACUUGAGCCUGAGAUGAAGUACGUAGCAAACAUGCACGGCAACGAAGUUGUGGGUCGGGAGCUGCUGCUGGCGCUGGCCGACGACAUGUGCUCCAAGUGGCGUGCGCAGGACGAGGAGGUGCAACGUCUCAUCAACUCCACACGCAUCCACAUCCUGCCAUCCAUGAACCCUGAUGGCUGGCAGACUGCCACGCAGGCGGGCGGGUCUGACUACCUCAUCGGGCGCAGCAACAACCACAGCGUGGACCUGAACCGCGACUUCCCUGACCUGGACCGCGUCAUGUACGGCAACGAGGCGCGCCAUCUGCCGCACAACAACCACCUGCUCGACCAUCUCCGCCGCCUCGACCUCCAUCCUGAGCCUGAGACGAUGGCUGUAAUGAACUGGAUCCUGACGAUCCCAUUCGUGCUGUCGGCUAACCUGCACGGCGGGGACCUGGUGGCUAACUACCCAUACGAUGCCUCGCGGUCUGGUGCUCCUCAGGAGUACACCGCCUCGCCUGACGACGCCACCUUCAGGAUGUUGGCGCACUCGUACGCAGACAACCAUCCCCGUAUGCACGACCCCCACCGCAGGCCCUGCGUCAGGGGGGACAUGACGUUCGGGGACGAUGGCGGCGUCACCAACGGCGCCGCGUGGUACAGCGUCAAGGGGGGAAUGCAAGACUUCAACUACCUGGCGUCUAACGCCAUGGAGAUCACCCUGGAGCUCGGCUGUGAUAAAUACCCCAGCCAGGACCGUCUGGCAGAGCUCUGGCGCGAGAACAAGAAGUCUCUGUACGAGUUCAUGUGGCAGGUUCAUACCGGAGUGUCGGGCUUAGUGCGUGAUGGUCUCACAGGACUCGGGCUGCCACAGGCCGUAAUUUCCGUCCGCAACAUCACCAAAGUCAACGCCACGCACUUCCGCAACGAAGCCAUUCUGCAUGACGUCACCACCGCGGCGGCGGGCGACUACUGGCGACUGCUGACGCCCGGCACGUAUGAGGUGACCGCGUCUGCCGAGGGCUACCUUCCCCUCACCCACGUCGUGACUGUCGCCAACCCUCGGCAUGCCGGCGCCGCUCUGCGAUGUGACUUUGCCCUCAUCCCUGUCACCGAGGACAUGCUCGAGACCCUGCAGCAGGACGUCGCGUACGACGACGAAUACAAGGACGCGCUCGAGGCCGCCAUCUUGGAUCGCCUGAGGAGGGAGUGAGGGGGCAACCCGCAUCCUGCUGAUGGCGGUGUCCUGCUGGUGGCGGUGUCCUGCUGAUGGUGGUGUCCUGCUGAUGGCGGUGUCCUGCUGAUGGCGGUGUCCUGCUGAUGGCGGUGUCCUGCUGAUGGUGGUGUCCUGC